GCUGACUACGGCCACGGUAGUUAAAAGCGUCUGUUAUCAGUAAAUAACUCAAAUGUUAUCAGUGUAUUGACCUUAACUAGUUUCUAAUUGAUAGUGCAAUGAUUAGCGAUGAAUGUGUACAUAAGAUAGAACUAGAUAAUCUAGAGAACGGCGAAAUUAUAAAGCACACGGUACUAUUAAUCAAGGGGCACAUUCGUCAGCAGCGGCAGGCCAAAAAGUGUACAGAGCAACAAAUUUUAUUACGAGUUAGGCACGACGCUAGCGUUCUAGACGCAACUUGGGAGUUGCAGAUGCGGUCAAAAAUUUCCAGAACCGGUCAGUUCAAACUACUCUGUGAUUUCGGUCAGCAUGAACUCGAGACAGUCUACACACAAAUACCACUCAUAUUAAAUUUUAGCUACUGCAAUAUUGUGUAUCAAUGCAAGAUCCUGUAUGAAUCUAUUUCUUACAGCAAAAACAAUUAUCGCCUGCAAGCAUUGUACAUCACAUGUGUAAAUCAGAAGCCUUUGGUGGCGGAGCAAGUGCAUGAAAAUUGUGAAAAAAUCAAUUUGAAUCUACGUUUGGUGCAGUCUGUAUAUGCCGAACAGUUGCGGUCUGCUGGUUACGGUAGAAUAACUUUUAUAUUGAACAGCGAUUGUAAAGUAUUUGAAUCCCGCUUAACAUGUGAAGAAGCUUGGGAGCAGUCUGAAGAAAGUUUGUGGCAAAAUUUUGCAAAAGAAAUACUUAACUCGUCAACUUGGGGUAGUGAGAAUAAAUUGAAGUUUGUGGCAUUCAUUGGUUGUACAAUAUAUGAUGGUGCAGCCGUAGCAGCCACAGGAGAUUUUUCUUACUCAAAUAUACGUAAACAUUUGAAGGGUCACGCAGCAUUAGGUGGUGGUGGUCUAGCGCUUUUUGGCGCGGCCUAUUUAUAUGCAUGGCCAAAGUGCUUUAACGAAAUCAACGCAUGUUUUGGCAGCAACAAGUUGGUUGAUCUGACACAAUUACCAGACGAUAGCAACUAUCGGCGUACAUAUGGCGGUGUUUAUGCAACUACUUUAGGUGCUGUAGUGCAUGAAAUUGGACACACCUUUGACUUGGGUCAUACUAAAGAUGGUGUGAUGGGCAAUGGUUUCGAUUAUAUUAAUCGCGUUUUUACGAUAGACAAUUUGACCGAGCAUCUGCCGGAAAGAGUCAUAGAGCGGCCGCUGCCAGAAUUGCGUACUGAAAUCACUGCGCGCCCACGUUUCACACAACUCAAACGUGCCACAAGCACUUUUUUGGAAAAGUAUCACGAACAAAAGACAAAUGACGCAUUUUAUUUUACGCGAAAUUGUGCAAUUAUUUUAGCAUAUAAUAAAUGGUUUGGAAAUUCAAACGGCUAUGAUGCUGAUAAGAAUACAGAUGAUGCUCUCAUAACCUAUGAUGCCGGUAAUAACUGUGUGAUUACUGAAGGACACGAGAAUCCACUCUGUCUGAUGGAGGUGCGUAGUAUUGAUAACAGUUUAGUGAAAUACUGGUAUGAACCGCAGUCAAACAAAGAGUGUAGCCAAAUUUAUAAGUUCUAUUUGCCAAAGGAAGCACUCAAAGCACUCGGAGAGAAUCAUUAUUUGUUUGUGUUAACACGGUCGGGCACAACAAAGCGGUUGUGUGAGCAUUAAAAUUGUUUUAUACAAUAUUAAAUGUGUUUAAGUGUGCACUGUGUCAAAAAUAAAUUAAUCUAAAACUGAACUCAAAUGGAUUGAAGGAAUUUAGUAUUUAUUUACAUCGAAAAAAAGUUUUUUGAUUAAAAAAUAUAUAUGUACCAUAUAUGUGUGUAUGUACAUACAUAUUCAUUGAUGAUAAACAAUUCGGUAAUCAGAGUCACAAUAUCAACACUCACAAGCAACAAAAAAUAAAUAUAAACAAAAUAGUAAGCAGUGCUAUAAUAAGACAUACAUACAUAUGCAUAUACAAUAAUUACAACAAUAGUUGACCGAAGUGGAGCUACUCGAAAGUAACCGCAAAAGAGAGCCAACUUUCUUUGAAAACCUUGAUAAAAUAAAUAAACGAGUUAAUUGUGUAUUAGCGCUUAACAAGCAGUUUGCUAGUUGUCGCCUUGACGUCGUCAAAGUCACACUCACGCAAGUAGCUUGCGGCCGAGCCACGUUAGCAGUUUGAAAAAAAAAACGUGUUAACACGUACAAAGCGCGACUUAAUCAUUGAUAGUUUAGUAAGCUGCUAAAACAAUAAUAACGAAAGCUUAAUCAUCAGCUGACAUUGCUGCCUCUAAAAAGAAUUGGCAACAAAUUUUGAAAAAUAGAAAUUUCAAACUAUUUUAAAAAGAAACUUAACGCGUUGACUGGUCUUGAAAAUUUCCAAAGUUGAAAAGAUAUGCAAAAUAAACAAAUCUACUUGAAAUACUUGUAGAUAUACAAGUAGUAUACAAGUAUAUUAUUUGUAGUUAUGUUUGCAACACAAACAUAGCGGAUAUUCUAACUAGAACAUUUAUCAGCGUUAGUUGUUAUCACAAAAUAAAUGAUAAGAUAAAGUCGAAUCAUAUUAGGGCGAAAUCGAACCCAAAAUUGAACGUUUUGAUUUUUGCAAUUUCUGUACGUUCCCGUCUAUGUAGAAAGUUGCACGCGGUUUUCCGAAACAAGAAUAUAUUGCGCGGAUACAUGCAAAUAAUAACACAAAUACAUAUAUAUAAAGUUUAAAUUUUGAAUAACAAAAUAACCAACUAGUUAGAAACGCUGCAAGAAUGUCAACUCCACGUAUACAAUUUAAAGCAUUGAAGGGUUUCCCGCCUGCCACUGAAGAUAAAAUUGAAACAGAAGCAUUUCUGGAGUCUGCAAAAGAAAUUGUUACCGUUAUUGAGUCCUUCGGCAAACUAUUUACACCUGUGAUAAGUGAUAUGAACGGCAAUAUUACGAAAUUAACAAAAGUCUAUAAUAUGGACAAAAUCAAAUAUGUCUACCUUGAGGAUAUGAUCAUCUUGAAUGUAAAAGUAAACAAUUUCGCUGCGGACGCGCUUUUGUGGUUGAAACGUGGCCUUCAAUUAAUUUGCAUCUUCUUCGAAAACAUCUUCUACGACGCGCAAGCGACGGAGGUGCUGAAAACACAUCUGCAGAAUGCAUACGAGCGCACACUGAAGCCUUAUCACGGUUUCAUAGUUCAAAGCACCAUAAAAAUAAUCUACAACUGGGUUCCUACACGCUCACAGCUGAUCGGUACAGGCGAGGCGCACGACGAGAAUCUGCAAGAAUUGGAGAAAUUUCUACCGACAAUGCAUAGCCACUUGAAUCGCAUCGAUGCGCUGCUAAAGCAAUACAACGUUGAUAAUGCGAAGGUGUGAGAAAUGCGCAGCGGAGACCUAUUUUUUUUAUUCUUAUAACGUUUUAUUCUAUAAACACUGAACCAGUUAAUCCAAAGAGGCUGCUGCAAUGACAACACAUGAAUUUACCACUUUUUUAGGCCAGUUUACACUAUGUUAUCAUUUAUUGGUACAUGCGUUAUUUAUCAAUUAAGCAUUUUACGUUGACAAACCAUGUAUUUUUAAUGUAUUUUAGAGCAUUUGAUAAAUAUUAGAUUAUUAUGUAAUACUAAUGAUGCAAUUUCGCUUAAAAUAUUUAUAAUUAAAAUUGAAUUGAUUAUAAGCUUUA